AUGGCUUCCACAGAAGGCCCUGCAAGAGCACACGAUCGACAUGCUCGCCGACGACCGUUUGCGAACUGGAUGAAGCGUUUAGCAAACCUCAAGAGCCUACACGCAGACUCCAACGACCCUGCGAGCCAGUCUCGACCGACUCAAUCUAAUAACACAAGCAAAACGCGCAAAAAUGGCGUCCAUAAGAAUAACCCAUAUCCCUUGUCCGGACGUGCCGAGUCUCAGAACGGCCACCUUGCCUUCUCUGAGCCAGUAGACAACUCGCGCUCGUGCAACAGCUCGUUGGCUCAGAGUAAGCGGUCCAUAUCUCCUUCUCGUGAAAGCCAAUCGGCCCAGAAGUCACGGCCUCCUACUUUGGCGACUAAUGCCGAAACUGCGAUCUCAGAUGUCGCCCCUUCGGGCGCUGGAACGAGCGCGACCGCUCCUCGUACGGAGGGCGAUCGUAACAGCACAUUUUCUUCGCCCACCCAAUCGCUACGAUCCAUGACGACCACCCUGACAACAGUUCAAUCAACGGCUCCUGCCCUCAAUACUCCAUACUCGGCAAACCAGUUGCCACAACUGUACAGUGCACCACAGCCAGCAACUGCUGUGCCGGCCCAUCUGGCUCCUCACGGCCAUCCAACGACAUAUCAAAGUGCGACAGCGAACAACGUGCUGACCGACGACGCAUCGAUACUUACUUUGGCCUCUUCUUCAAAGCGUCGUCGCCGCAAUAGCGUUGAUACCAAUGCUUCGGUCAAAGCCAUCCCACCAGCGUCCAUGUUUGGCAAUAGCCGUGAAUCGCUCCCUCUAUCCGUCCUUUCCGGCACAGUCAUCCAUGGUCAACCAGACAACGCGUCGAUCCGCGACGUAUCCAGCCCGUACCCCAAUGCAAGUUCCAAGCUCAACCCAGAACGCGCAAGCUUGAUUUCCGCGUCGGGCGUUCAGGCGCCUGCCCUAGCUAGCGAACGCAACAGCUACAUAGGUAGCAAGUACGGAGACGGGGCCAGCGUACGAAGCGGUCUGCUGGGUGGUACUGGCUUACACGGGCGGAAUGAUAGCAUUAGUGGCAGCAUUGGAGGGCAAAAGGACAAGGAGAGGGAGCGCGAAAAAGAGAAGGAGUGA